GUCUACUUUCUGGAACAUCCCACCAAAAGCAUCCCCCACUUUGUUUCCUUUAGGUACAUACGUGUCCCAUCUUUUUCGCGAUGCAUAAACGUGUACACUCUGUUUCGUUUGGAUACGCUGCGCUUUAAUCCGGGACCCAGAUCAGAGCCCCACUAAUCAAAACUCGUCAUUGUUUGAGUUUUGCCCUUGACGUUAUGUCGGCUCAGCUUCCGGUAAGUUUUCUCUCUUAGAUAGCGAAAAAUAUUGCGGAAAAUUUGCUUGCGACUAGCUAGGAUGAGCGGUGCAAAAACCUGGUCCGCCGUAGGAUUUUCCGGCGGUGUUGUUCAUGAUAGGACGAUAAUUAACAGGAUUAUGCUCAGGUACCGACCGAUCGCGCCGAAACCAGUAACUGAAGGCACAGUUUCCGGAUCGACUCCGGCGGAGAUCAAGGCUGGUGUUGGAAAUAAAAAGAGAAUAAAGAGGAAGUACGUUAGGGUUAAGAAAACUGAGAGAAGGUGUAACACUAGUAAAAUACUGAAUAGAAGUGAAGAUAGAAAAGAUUUGGAUAUUGAUCGCCCGGAUGUUACUUUACAGUUACUGCCGAAGACGACUUCUGUGGAGGAUUCAAAGGAAACUGGAUCUUCAAAAAACAUGGAUGUUCUGGUGGAAAAGCCACAGAUAUUGAUUAACUUUGAUAAUUCUGAGAACAAUAACAAUAGAUUAUCUGCCGUUCGUUUACCGGAAAGGUCAGAUCUGGCGGCCGCGGUGCCGCUGAAGGAAGUGGUGGAAUCCUGGAUAAUGGUGGAUCAAAUAACAAAAGCGUGGGUAGAUGGAGGAGGGAUAGGAUGUACGGAUAUGGAGAUGGUUAAGAAUUUGGAGAUGGACACGUGUCCAGGACUGAUAUCAGAUGGUUUAAAUCGGGUUCAGUGGGUUAACUGGGCUUACAGAAAGAUGGUGGCUCCGCCGGAACGAGAACAGGAGGUGGAGAUGACGGUGUGGCUAGUGGUGAAGGAGGAAAUUUCUCUGCCCUGGCAAGCUUUUGCAUGCACCGUUAGGGUGGUGUACACGUGGCAGAAGGAGAGGCACAGCCAAACAAUGCCUUGUGAUGUGUGGAAGAUGGAAUUCGGUGGAUUUGCAUGGAGAUUUGAUGCCAAUGCUGCGCUUAGUUUAGGCCGUUGAUCUGAUCAGACUGACAUCAAAAUGGUAAGGUGUAAUGAUCAAUGUAUUAAAAAUGAAUAUUAUGAAGCCCUAAAUCCUAAUGUGAAAGCAUUAGUAAUUUCUAAUUGUGUUACUCUGGAUCAAAACUAAUCCAAAGCAUAAAAUGUAUGCACCUUUUAUAUAUAUGUGUGGAGUAUGAAAGUUUUAACACUAUAACCUAUAAAUGCCAUUCAUGUUGUGAUUA